CUCUUAUCAAAUACAUAACAAGGAUAUUAUAAAUAUACAACAAAAGAACCAACAAAUCAGUUUCUCAUCUCGGCAUGGAAAAGAAACACGAAAUGGCAUCUUCUGUCAAGAUUUCUAUGGUGGUGAUGAUGGCAGUGGUCUUCUCUUCAUGCACAACUACUUUAACAAAAGCACAAGAAUCGUCUACAUCUUGUGCAACUAAGUUAAUACCAUGUCAAGCCUUCCUUGCCACCACAACCACUCCACCAGACAGUUGCUGCAACCCCAUCAAAGAAGCAGUUGCAAAGGAGCUUCCUUGCCUUUGCAAACUCUACAAUGACCCCAAUUUGUUUGCGAGUCUUCAUAUAAAUGUCACUCAGGCUGUCUUGCUCAGCCAGAGAUGCGGUGUCGCCACGAAUCUCAGUAGUUGUGGUGCUUCAGCUCCAACGCCAACCGGCACGCCUCCAGGAGUUCCUGGAAAGGAUGGUGGUGGUAGGACGGCAUGGACUGGGUUAUCAGGAUUGCUUGUCUUGUUGGCUGCUUCCCUCUUAUAUUAAGCAAUCUAAAUUUUUUAUUUAUAACCACCAGGAUGGAGUUGCUAGAGUUAACAAUGUCGUGAGCAUUGUGUAGUAGGGAGCCGAAUAUCCUCCAUUUAUGGAUUUUCUUAACUCUCUCUCGCUCUCUGGAUUUGAUAUCUCAUUGAUAUAAACAUUAUUGUUGAUGUGUACUCAUAAUUUAUUCAGCUUAUGUGAGACUUGAAUUACGAUGCCCAUCGUAUUUGAAUGUUAAUGCGUGCCAAACUUGCAUCUGCAAAA